AAAAAAUCACCCAAAAAGAAAAUGCCAAACUCACUUUUAAAGUUGAAACUUAGAGAUACUCGCUGACAUAAAAACAUUAUUCGACUUGGUUUUCUGCAUUUUUAAACAAACGCAGGAACGUAAAAUGCAAGUAUUAGUGCGUAAGUAUGAUCAUAGAUUUUUAAGCAGCUCAGGACUUGAAGACACUGGAUCCAUCCACAGACCACAAUGGCUACCCACUACGGAUUCAUCUUCUUCCUCUGCAGUACUCUUCCAUUCUUCUUCAUCAUCUUAUUCUUCUCUGAUCCCGUUACUGCAAAAUCAAUCGUUGAAUUCCCAUGUAAUCCACCUCACUACAACUCGUACCCAUUCUGCAACACCUCACUCCCCAAAGCAGCCAGAGCCCGAUCCCUCAUCUCCCUCCUAACCCUCCAUGAAAAGAUCCAGCAGCUCUGCAAUAAUGCCUCCGCGGUUCCCCGCCUCGGCAUCCCCGCCUACGAGUGGUGGUCGGAGUCCCUCCAUGGCGUCGCCACCAACGGCCCCGGCGUCUCCUUCAACGGCGCUGUCUCGGCAGCCACCGGCUUCCCGCAAGUCCUGCUCGCCGUCGCCGCCUUCAAUCGAACCCUCUGGCACUCGAUUGCGUCCGCGAUUGCCAUCGAGGCCCGAGCGAUGUUCAAUCUCGGGCAAGCUGGGUUGACGUUUUGGGCGCCGACGAUUAAUCUUUUCAGAGAUCCCAGAUGGGGCAGAGGCCAAGAGACUCCCGGCGAAGACCCCAUUGUUGCUUCUGCUUAUGCGGUGGAGUUCGUGAGGGGGUUUCAGGGCGGCGGUGUCGAAAAUGGGUAUGGGGGGAAGAGGAUUUUGAAAGGAGUUGGUGAGGAUAACGAUGAUGAUGGUGGUAAGCUUAUGCUUUCUGCUUGUUGCAAGCAUUUCACGGCUUAUGACUUGGAGAUGUGGGGGAGCUUCAGCAGAUACAACUUCAACGCAGUGGUUACGAAGCAGGAUUUGGAGGAUAUGUAUCAGCCACCCUUUCGGAGUUGUAUCCAGCAGGGUAAAGCCAGUUGCUUGAUGUGUUCUUACAAUGCAGUAAAUGGUGUUCCUGCGUGUGCGCGGCAGGAUAUGUUAGAGAUGACUCGAACUGAGUGGGGAUUCAAAGGAUAUAUUACUUCAGACUGUGAUGCUGUGGCAACAAUUUAUGAAUAUCAAAAAUUUGUAAAAACCCCAGAAGAUGCAGUUUCCGAUGCUCUUAAAGCAGGAAUGGAUAUUAACUGUGGAACCUAUUUGCUUCGAAACACUCAGUCUGCAAUUGAAAAGGGGAAGGUUCUGGAGGAAGACAUAGAUAGAGCUCUUUUCAAUCUUUUCUUGGUCCAACUCCGGCUUGGGAUUUUUGAUGGAGACCCCAGAAAUGGGCAGUUUGGAGAGCUAGGACCAGAAAACGUCUGCACUUCAGAGCACAGGAGUUUGGCACUUGAAGCGGCAAAGCAGGGCAUUGUGCUCUUGAAGAAUGACAACAAGUUCCUGCCUUUGAAAAAGAAUGGUGUUUCUUCAUUAGCUAUUAUUGGUCCAAUAGCAAACGAUGCGAUAAAACUAGGAGGUGGCUAUACAGGAGUUCCUUGCAAGCCUAACAGCCUUUUUGAAGCACUUCAAGAUUAUGUAAAGGAAACAUAUUAUGCAGCUGGUUGUAGUGAUGUACCUUGUGUUUCUGAUGCUGGUUUUGAUGAGGCCAUUUUUAUCGCCAAAAAAGCUGAUAUUGCCAUUCUAGUUGUUGGGCUGGAUUUGUCCCAAGAAACUGAAGACCGUGAUCGGUACAGUCUUCUCUUACCUGGUAGACAGAUGGCCCUUGUAUCAUCUAUUGCUUCCACAAGUAAAAAACCAUUGGUUCUAGUUCUUACUGGUGGUGGACCCCUUGACAUAUCAUUUGCAAAACAUGACCCACGAAUUAUGAGCAUUCUUUGGAUUGGAUACCCUGGGGAGGCUGGUGGGAAAGCACUUGCAGAAAUCAUAUUUGGGGAUUUCAAUCCAGGAGGAAGAUUGCCCAUUACAUGGUAUCCCGAAUCAUUCACCGAUGUACCCAUGACUGAUAUGAACAUGAGGCCUGAUCCUUCACGUGGUUAUCCUGGAAGAACUUACCGAUUUUACACUGGAGAUAGAGUAUAUGACUUUGGACAUGGCUUGAGCUAUAGUAAUUUCACCUACAAGCUCCUAUCAGCACCAACCAGAAUAAGUUUACUAGGAUUUAUCAAGGCUGGUUCCCACGAGGAGCAAUUACACCAGAGAGGAGAUGGGGUUGAUUAUAUUUUCAUUGAUGUAGUGGAAUCCUGUGCUUCGUUGGCAUUCAAUGUUCUGAUCUCUGUUACAAAUAUUGGAGAAAUGGAUGGAAGCCAUGUUGUGAUGUUAUUUUCUAGACUUCCAAAGAUGUUAAGUGGUGCUCCAAAGAAACAGCUGAUUGGAUUUAGCCGUGUGUAUGCUAGUUCUUAUAAAUCUACUGAAACAAGCAUCUUGGUGGAUACUUGUGAACAUCUUACACUUGCAAAUGAGCAUGGAAAAAGGAUAUUGCCCUUGGGUGAUCAUGUUCUAGUGUUAGAAGAUCUACAAUUUUCUGUUUCGAUUGAAAUUUAAUUGUGUUAUAAGCAUUGUUGUUGUUGUUCAUUGAGACAUGCAUAUUAUUUGAAAGGGGAUUUAAUGUUUAUUGACACUGUUGAAGGACAAAUAAUUUGACCCUGUUGAGUUCCUCGGUUUGGGGAGUUUCUAGAAUGAAAUAUUGUUAAACUGAA